UAGCAAUACAACUUCUACAGUUCCUUUAGUCAAUUCUAUCACUAUAAAAUCCCCUUGUGCAGCCCUUCACUUCUCAUCCCAAAUCUUCUAAUUUUCUAUUACAAAAAAAACCCUACUACAAAAGAUGACUUGUAGCAAGGUUUUCCUAUGUUUGCUUCUUGGUGCACUAGUUUACAAUACUAGUGCUAGGAAACUAGCAACCUCUCGUUCCUUUAAUGAUGAGAAGUUCUUCUUUGGGCACCACGGUGGAGGCCUAGGAGGUGGAGGGGGUGGAGGAUUUGGUGGUGGAGGUGGUGGUGGCCUCGGUGGAGGUUCUGGUCUUGGAGGGGGUUCUGGAUUUGGAGGCGGUGCUGGUGGAGGAUCUGGUGGUGGUCUUGGUGGUGGAGGUGGAGGUGGAGGAGGAUUUGGCGGAGGUGGUGGUGGUGGUUCUGGUGGGGGUGCUGGUUUUGGAGCUGGAGGAGGAUCUGGAGCUGGUGGUGGUUUGGGUGGAGGAGCAGGUGGUGGUGGAGGGUUUGGAGGUGGAGGUGGUGGCGGGCUUGGAAGUGGAAUUGGCGGUGGCGGGCUUGGAAAUGGACUUGGCGGUGGCGGUCUUGGAAGUGGACUUGGCGGUGGCGCUGGAGCUGGAUUUGGUGGUGGUUCUGGUGGAGGACUUGGAAAUGGGCUUCCUUGACUUUGAGCACAAGCCUAAGUUAAAUCACAAGGCCUCCUAAGCUCCUAGUUACUAGAGUACUAAAUUUAAUUUAGUUGUUCAUCGUGUCCUAAGGCUUUAUGUACGCAUAGCAUGUAACGCAACAUAUGCUUUAAGCUAAGUGUUCUGAUUUGAUCCUUUGUUUUAGCAUUGUAGUGAUACACUUGAAAAGUGUUCGAUCAACAUACAUCAUCUUCUUUUUCUUGUUGUUUUAUUAUUGAAUGGUAUAUUUGUAAUAACUUCCUUACCUUCAUAAUCAUGAUCAUGUCGUGCAAUUAAGUUAAUUAGAUGUUCGAUCA